ACGACAGAUGGCAGUGAGUUCCCUGCCGAACUUGGUUCAUUGUCUCUUCAUACCUGCUUCCUACCCUUCUUUACCUGCUUCUGCUCCUAGGGCUUUUUCCCCCUUUUCAGUCAGUUUGUACGUAAGGUCAGUGCUGUUACUUGGUUCCCAUCUCGGCGAAUAUGCCCAGAAAGUUCAACAGAUACGAGAAGAGACAACGUCCUUCGGAUGACUUCGAUUUUCUAUCUAGCAGCAGCGGUUCAGAAUCUGAUUCUGAUCCCGAAACUGAUUUUGUGAAGGAAAUCCGUAAGCAGAUAUCCGAUGUGGUAGAAAGGUUGGAUAUCAAUGAUUUUUUAUUGGAAUCUGAUUCUGGAAUCGAGGAUUGUACUACCGAUGAUGAAGAGUUCGCCAAGAUGAAGAGAAAAAUCUUCGAAAGACUUCUAAUGUUGUCUAAGAGAGCCUCGAGACUACCUCACAGACGUCCGUUAUAA